AUGGCCGGUUCUCGACCUUUAUCAUUAAUAAUAAAUGAGGAAGCUAUUAAUACAGCAAAAGUAUCUAAAAAACGACCUGCACCUAAACAUGGACGUUCAUCAUCGUCAUCUGUCGAUAGUUCAAAUGCUGCAAAUAUGAAUUCAACUAAUAAUGAUAAUAAUUCUUCAACACAAAAUUUCUUACGAACAACAACAACAUUAUCAACAACAACUGAUAGUGAUAUUGAAAGUGAACAAGAUGAUAAUCAACCAAUUCAAUCACAAAAAAACGAUAGUAAUAGUCAAGAACAAUUAUCAAGACGUGAAAAACAUUUUUAUAAAUUAUUUAAAUCUGAAUUAAAUGAUGAUAUGCCAGAAUUAAUUGAUUCUUAUGUAUGUGCUUAUCAAGGUGAUAUAUUAUUACAAGGAAAGAUGUAUAUAACUGAUCGUUAUCUUUGUUUUCAUUCUCGUAUUAUAUCUUAUGUUACAAAACAUGUUCAUCGUUGGGAACACAUUGAAGAUGUUUCAAAAGAACGUGUCGCAUUUAUAUUUCCAACUGCUAUUGGUAUACAAUUAAAACGUACAGAAAAAAAACUUAUCUAUGCAUCAUUUCUUCAACGUGAUCAAGCUUAUGAAAAAAUCUAUUCAAUAUGGUCACGACAUGUACAUGAUAUAAGUUCAUAUGAUGAUGAAGAAAAUGAUAUUGUUAAUGAUGGUACAUUAAAAGCAACAAAUCAUAAUAUUCGUGCACCACGUGAGUCAUAUGAUAUUAUUGAUGAACCUGAACAAGAUGAUGCUAUAGAUAUGUAUUUAAAAAAUAAUCAUAAACGACCAAUUAGUCUUCUAUCAACAAAAUCAAGUAAUGAAAAACAAACAUCAAAACUCUUCAUGAAUUCACAUAAUAAAAAAACAACGGACAAAAAUCUUACUCAGAAAUUAUCAAAUAAUUCACAUGAUAAUAUAUCAAAUGCAACUCACAAUAUUCGACAUUCACGUUUUAUAAAAAGUGAACGGAAACAAAAUGAAAUCGAACACAGAAAUAAUUCGGUGAUAAAUUAUCGAUCAAAACCUACUGCAUCAAGAUCACAUCAAGGUCAAAGUCAAGAUCGAUUAUCAACAUCAGCAAAUCAAACAACAUCUCACUCAAAUUUAUCAUCAACUCCCAUACAAAAUAUAAAUGUACCAACAUCAGAUGCACAAUCGAAUGGAAUUCUAAUAAAACUUUUAAAGUUAAUUAUUUCUUGUAUAAAUCUAUUUACACAAAAAUUAUCAUCAUUAUUUCAUCAUUUACAAAUAUUAUCAUUUAAAACUACAACAUUUAUAUUGAUAUUUCUUCUACUUUUAUUUAUUCAUGCGUUUUAUUUAAUUAAAGUAGCUAGUCGAAUAGAAAAUCGUUUACAAUCUUUACAUCCUGCAUGGUCAUCUGCAUCAAUAAAAGAUUCAUUAACAUCAAAUGCAAAAGAACUAUAG